GGACGCCUCCCGCUUCCUCCUUGGCCCGGCCCCUGGCCCGGCCACUGGUCCUUCGUGGGCCGCGCUCCGCCGCCAUGGGCUCGGAGAUGGAGCCGCUGCUCCUGGCCUGGAGCUAUUUUAGGCGCAGGAAGUUCCAGCUCUGCGCAGAUCUGUGUACGCAGAUGCUGGAGAAGUCCCCUUAUGACCAGGCAGCUUGGAUUUUAAAGGCACGAGCACUAACCGAAAUGGUGUACAUAGAUGAAAUUGAUGUAGAUCAGGAAGGAAUUGCAGAAAUGAUGCUGGAUGAAAAUGCUAUUGCUCAAGUUCCACGCCCUGGCACAUCUUUGAAACUCCCUGGAACUAAUCAGAUGGGAGGGCCUAGUCCAGCUGUCAGGCCAAUCACUCAAGCUGGAAGACCCAUUACAGGUUUCCUUAGACCCGGCACACAGAGCGGAAGGCCUGGCACCAUGGAGCAGGCCAUCAGAACUCCCAGAACUGCCUACACGGCUCGCCCUAUCACCAGCUCAUCUGGAAGAUUUGUCAGGCUGGGAACGGCUUCCAUGCUUACAAGUCCUGAUGGACCUUUUAUAAACUUAUCUAGACUGAAUUUAACAAAAUAUGCCCAGAAACCUAAAUUGGCAAAGGCUUUGUUUGAAUAUAUCUUUCAUCAUGAAAAUGAUGUUAAGACUGCUUUGGACUUGGCUGCCCUUUGCACAGAGCACUCUCAGUACAAGGACUGGUGGUGGAAAGUGCAGAUUGGAAAAUGUUACUACAGGUUAGGAAUGUAUCGUGAAGCAGAAAAACAGUUUAAAUCAGCCCUGAAGCAGCAGGAAAUGGUAGAUACAUUUCUCUACUUGGCAAAAGUUUAUAUCUCAUUGGAUCAACCAGUGACAGCUUUAAAUCUUUUCAAACAAGGCUUAGAUAAGUUUCCAGGAGAAGUAACCCUACUUUGUGGAAUUGCCAGGAUCUAUGAGGAAAUGAACAAUAUUUCAUCAGCAGCGGAAUACUACAGAGAAGUUUUGAAACAGGACAAUACUCAUGUGGAAGCCAUUGCGUGCAUUGGAAGCAACCACUUUUAUUCUGAUCAACCAGAAAUAGCUCUUCGGUUUUACAGGCGACUCCUGCAGAUGGGUGUUUAUAACUGUCAGCUCUUUAACAAUCUGGGGCUCUGCUGCUUCUAUGCCCAGCAGUAUGAUAUGACUCUGACCUCGUUCGAACGUGCCCUUGCUCUGGCUGAAAACGAAGAAGAGGCAGCCGAUGUCUGGUACAACCUGGGCCACGUUGCUGUGGGCAUAGGGGAUAUGAACUUGGCCCAUCAGUGCUUCAGGCUCACUCUGGUCAACAACAAUCACCAUGCUGAGGCCUACAACAACCUGGCUGUGCUGGAGAUGCGGAAGGGCCACGUCGAGCAGGCAAGAGCACUGCUACAAACCGCAUCAUCUUUAGCACCCCAUAUGUAUGAGCCACAUUUUAAUUUUGCAACGGUCUCUGAUAAGAUUGGAGAUCUACAGAGAAGCUAUGUUGCUGCUCAGAAGUCGGAAGCAGCAUUUCCAGAUCAUGUGGAUACCCAACAUUUAAUUAAACAGCUAAAGCAGCAUUUUGCUAUGCUCUGAUUGUCCCACAGACCAAGUAUAUCCUUAUGAGGGCGCAUUACACAAGGGAAAAAGUAGUGUGUUUAUAUAUAUGUAGGAUAUACAAACCUGUGCUUGAUAUUAGUGAAGAGGACUUAAGGGAGUUUACACAAGAAUUUGUAAUGCAUACUUGAUAAUAACUUGUAUAAUAUUAUAAAAGAUAGGAUUUAAUAUUUUUAAGUAGAUCGUGAAAACUUCUCCCAUAUUUUAUGGUAGAUGUUUAUAAAAAUGUUUACAAAACAUUUUCAUGAAUUUCCUCAAAUGUUUAUAAAUGCAUAUUUUUAAUGUCGUUAAUUUGGCCAUUAACUAACAUGUAGCUUCAGAGGUCUGAAAUCUGCCAUUAAAAUUGUACUUUUA